ACACCCAAAUGAGGCAAAAUGGCGGAUGGCAGCAAGGACAAGGAAGAAAAGCAACCAGCUAAUCCCUCCUCUUCUUCAAUAGGCAACCUAUCACAGAAUAAUCCACUCUCUAGGAAACUAAACAGAAUUUUAGAAACUCGACUAGAAGAUGAGAGGGACACAAUAGAAUCCCUCAAAGUUCUUUCUGAAUUUCUACCCGCCAACACGCUACAUGCUCGACGCAACCUCAGAUCUGACAUAGAGAGACGAGGCCUUAUACUGAGUGAAGAGUUUAGAGACCUUUUGGGGAGUCUGGCAGCACAGAUACAAGAUAUGCAAAAUGAUGUCCAUUCCAUGAGGUCAUGUUGUCAAGAUAUGCAAAAUCGACUGGCGGAUACAAAAGCAAAGACGGCUGGGUUACUGAAUGAAACGGCCGAGUUAAAGGCAAGAGGGCGGAGAUUAGAGAUGAGGGGCGUGGUCAUUGACGUGUUCCUUAAGAAGCUCCAACUAACCCCAGAAGAGGUGGGGAUACUAGCAGGAGGUGUGGUCGGAGAAGAGCUAUUCUCUGUCUUACACCGUGUGAAAUCAAUUCAUGAAGACUGCAAAGUGCUGCUAAGAACCAGUCAACAGAGAAUAGGCUUAGAGAUAAUGGAAAAGAUGGCCAUGCACUUGGAGGAAGGCUACGAGAGGUUAUACCACUGGACACAGUCACAAUGUCGUACAAUGACCAGCGACUUGCCCUCCUCUUCUCUGCUUCUUAGAAAGUCACUGCAAGAGCUUAAGAGUCGACCUAUCCUUUACAAGUAUUGUGUGGAUGAGUAUGUCCUUGCUAGACGCAGUGCCUUAGUACAGGGUUUCAUUGAUGCACUGACUAAAGGUAAUAAUGGUAGUCGACCUAUUGAGCUGGUAUCUCAUGAUCCAGCCCGUUAUUCAGGAGAUAUGCUAGGUUGGUUGCAUCAGGCUAUAGCUACCGAAAAGGAUCACAUUAGUGGCCUCUUUGCUGAAGAUGAGAGGGAAUGGGUAUCGAAUUUACUGGCCUCUAUAACCGAAGGUGCUGGAAGGCCUUUAAAAAUGAGAGUCGAGCAAGUUCUUUUGUCGACGUCUGAUCCAGUGACCAGCUAUCAAAUGGUUAAUGUGGUUCGAUAUUACCUUGGUGUUUUUGUAAUUCUUUUAGGAGAGACUGCUCCGUUGAUUGGGGUAAUGAAGGAACUUGCUGAACUUCAGACAAAGCUGUUCUUUAGCAGCCUCACAGUUCAAACCUCAAAGUUACUGGAAGAGAUAGAGUUACCUGAUUCACAGCUUAACCCUCCAAGGAAGCUAAUGGAGAUACUCUCAGUCCUCCAACGCGUGCUAGCAUCUCGUGACAUCAGCGUAGCCUCAUUAGACGAUCAUAAAACAUCGCUGAAGCAAAUACUGCAGACAUGCAUUGAUCCAAUGAUUCAUUACUGCAAUGAGAGUGCUUCCACUCUUAGUACAAUGGAAAUGGCAGUCUAUCUCAUCAAUUGCCUUUAUCUGAUACACUCGAAUGUAGCAUUGUACGAAUUCACUGAGCUAGCAUUAGAGAAAUUAGAUGGACAGAUACAGGCUCAUUUAGAUACACUGAUAACAGAGCAGGCUGCUUAUCUUCUAGGAAAAAUUGGACUACUAGAUUCUUAUAAUACGCUUCAAACAGGAGAGCUGACUGACGAAGUCCUUGCUCCUGUACACGAGCAAAGCAAGAAGCUCAUGACUCAAUUUUUCUCGUCUCCAGAGUCUUCUCUUCUACCUCAACUCACUCUUCUGACCAGUAGCAAGUUCAAAGCUGAUGCUCAUCAAAGGGCAGUACAAUUAUUCCUCAAUGCAUACAGGCAGGUAUAUGAUGCUAUAAAGGACAAAAUAGGAGAAGAUAAGCUAAGUAAUGUAUUACCGCAUUCACCAGAACAGGUCAACGAUUUAAUUACAUGAUUUUUAUGAUAUUUGUACAUUAAUUGUUUGAAGUGAAAAAAAUUUUAAUCAUACAAUUCAGUACCAUUAUGCAUUUUUGGCAGCUACAA